GGGAACCUUUGGACCACUCCCAUACCCCACCACCCCCACUCCGGGUACUGAGCGGAUCUGAGGCUCCAGCUGACCCACCAUGGACACGUUUCCCGUUUUUAAAGACUUCCUGGUUGGGUUUUUAAUGCCAGAAAAAUGCUACGAGGAGUUUUUCGUCCGCCUUCACUUGCACGCCCCGUGUCUGAAGUUCGUUCUGAAUAAAGUUCUCGGGUUUUGGAUCAUUCUGGACACGUUUCUGGCGCAGCUGCCUCAACUGCUGAAGAUACUGUGGAGGAGAAGUUCAGAGGGUCUGAGUCUGAGCUCUUUCCUGCUGCAGCUUUAUGCUUUCUCCUGUCCUGCUGUCUAUGCCGUGGCCAACAAAUUUCCAUUCUUUGCCUGGGCUGACAGGCUCCUCACGCUGCCUCAGACAGCAGCAAUCGUCUUCCUCAUCCUGCACUAUCGUGGUGAAACCCUCAGAGGUUUGCUGCUCCUGCUGGGUUUUGCUGGGGUGAUGUUCCUCCUGGCUUCAUAUGCAGCUGCAGCUGUUGUCUCUCUAAUGGAGGCCUCCUCUGUUGCAGCUUUGAUAACAAGCAAGGUUAUUCAAGCUGCAACAAACUACCACAACAGCCACACAGGUCACCUGUCCACCGUGUCCCUCUUCCUGAUGUGGAUGGGCUCUCUGGGUGUUGCUGCUGUUUCUCUACAGAAUGAUGGAUCUCUUGUUGCUCUGUCUCACGUACUGUCCUCAUGUCUCAGCUCUGUCCUGCUAUACCAGGUCCUCUUCUACACCAGCGGCAUGAUCACCGAUGCAAAGAAGAGGGAUUAGCUAAGAUUAGCAUAUUGUUUAUUAGAAAUUUUUACAUUGUUAUGUUCUACUGUUAAAAUGUGACUCAACUGUGUGUAAAAAAAGGGGUCAUGUGACUUGUUUCUGAUGGGAUGAGAAAUGUAGUCAGUAUUAUAAUGUGCUGUUCUCUAGUGGUUCAAGGAAGAACUACAUUAUCCUCACUGUUAGCAGUUUGGUGUAUUGUAAGAGUUUUUAACAUCACACACACACACACACACACACACACACACACACACACACACACACACACACACACACACACACACACACACACACACACACACACACACACACACACACACCACUGUCUCAGAAGUGAAAAUAAAAGUGAGUCUGUUACAUUUAAGAAUUUGAAUAACAGCUGGCUAGACAUUUAUUAGCUUUAAUAUUUGAGAUUGAAGAAUAAGAAAAUAUAUUUUUAAGCAGUGUAAGAUAAAAUCAUAAAAUGCUUCAAAUGAUCAAUAAAAUGCGUUAGAGAUUGAAGUUCGAGAGAAGGAAAACAUUGAUCAGGAUAAAAUUAAAGUAACACAGAGCAGUUUCCUGCUCCUUGGCCUUACUGGUUGAAAGUGGAAUUACAACUGUUGUAGCUAGACAAUGAGCUAACACUAACAUGAGCCAAGACUUACUAAAUAAGCCACAAAUAAAAAAAAUCCACACUGUUGGACAAAAAAAAUUACUUACAAUCCAGCAGCAACAAAGCUAGGUCACAAUCAGCCCAUGAUUUCAUAGCCUUUUUCAGCUUGCCAAAACUAGUGCAGGCCACGCCGAUGUUUACUCUGGUUUUAGCUCUUUACUUCACCUCCAAGGACAUUACUCUCUUACCUUUACUUCCAGGCUCCGCAUGAUGCCAACAGAAAAACAAACUUAUAUUUAUGUUUCUUGUGCUUUUGAUUAGCGAUAGCAAACUGAGCUAAGUGCACAGAAAAUAGCUAACAGCCGUAAUGCAGGUAUAAGAGUGCCCCCUAGAGCGCCUAGCCACUCCCUAAAACUGUUAAGUGCAAUAUCUGGCCUGUAGAGGGCUGCAGAGUGGUGUCAAAUAUGAAACUGGUCCCAUGUCUAACCCCAUAAUCACUGAAAUCAAUGUUAAAACUCUAUCUUAAAGUGUAAAAACUAUUUGGUGUUACUUUAAACUGAGACCACCCAGAUAAUCUGAAACCGAGUCAUAAUCCAGCUCAGGGCUGGUAAAAUUCUACAGUUUUUGUUCCAUAACCCUCAGGAUCAUUAAACAAAUGCAGCGAGAGACCUGCUCAAUCAUUUUAACAACCCAACCAUGUAUUGCUGUCAUGUCAUCAGAAUGACCGUGUGACUACCUGAUCACAUUUUUGCACAGAUUUGGCCUUUUAAAGGCAUGUGGUCUUAAACUUUUGAUCAGCUUUAAACUGCCUGUUUCAAUUGAAAUGUUGUUUUUAAUAAAUUGCUUUUUGGUCUCUC